GUCGGGUAUAAAGGAGAAAGACUGAUCAAAGUGCCUACAUAUUAGGUUGGAGCUACUGAAGAAGGCUACCAAAACUGCAUACAUCAUGAAGCUUCUCCUUCUGCUGCUUGUGUUGAGGCUUGCAGGAGCUUUUCCCCUGGAGGACAAGGUCUGCCAGCCCCACUCCAGACCGUGGCAGGUCUAUCUACAUGGUGGAGGGCGGGAAUGCAGUGGAGCUCUGAUUGAUAAAUGGUGGAUAGUAACUUCCUUUGAUUGUGCGCCCCAAUCCUACAGCACCAUUGCUUCUCUUGGGGAACAUGACAACACUGUGGAGGAGGGCACAGAGCAGCACAUUUAUAUUGCUGACGUGAUUUAUCACAGCCCCUACCGCUCACCUCUACACAGCCUGGUCAUGGGUCGUCUGGCUAAACCCGCCCAGUUUACGCAGUAUGUUCAGCCCAUUCCUCUGCCCAGUCGUUGCCCACAGCCUGGAGAGACCUGUUAUGUCAGUGGCUGGGGCUCCACUAUCCCAAAUCAAUAUGGGCCUUCUCAGCGCCUGAACUGUAUAACUGUGCCUAUUGUGGAUGAUCAGACUUGCAUCAACAGUUUCCCUGAUUAUCUGUACUGGAGCCUUGGUAUGAUCUGUGCCGGACAAGAAAACACGGAUAACUGCAUGUAUGACAGUGGCAGUGUGAUGGUGUGUGAUGGCCAACUGCAAGGUGUGCAAUGGUUCAGACAUGGCUGCAGCAACCCAGCUGACCCCACCGUCUACACCAAGCUGUGCAAGUACAACGACUGGAUCAACAGUGUGAUGGACCAGUACUCUGGUGCUCUGCCAACGGAAACCACUACACGGGCGACGACAACGAUGACAACGAUGACAACGAUGACGACGAAAACCACUCAACGGAUGAUGAGAUGAAGCAGCAGAGAGACACAUUUAACCACAGAUAAAGUGGAAAUACUACUGUAUACAAUGCUCUGGACUGCUGUGGGCUAAGAUCAGUUACUUCCUUCUUGCAAUGAAUGCUGUUGUAUUUGAGUUGAACUUAUAUCAUAGACUAGGCUAAGACUCUCAAAGACAACUUCUACUUAUAUGAAAUAAAUCAAGCAUUGCAAGCUUUAUUCAAUCUCAAAUAUUUUGACAGAAAACAAUUAAUAAAUGUUGAAAAUAUA